AUGGCUGUGCCGGGGAACUCACUAUGGAUGCUGCUUCUCGGUGCGUAUUUGGCGCUCACGGUCGGAGCGGACUGCGAGAAGGACUGUGCGCUCUGCCUCAACCGUCUACUGGGACAACAGACGGCGAUUAACACUCUGGUAGGUCUACAACUAGUACAUGUUUUAAUUGAAAUGUUUUUAAAGUGAAGUAACUGGGUGCUACUUUUUCCCGCGUCACUUUUUCGUGGGGAAAGAUUACGCAGUAGGCUACGGACCAGUUUUUAUUUAAAAAAAAAAUUGUAUGUCAAUGUUAGCCAAUGUUCCAUGAGGUGCAUGUAUCCUUGGACCACGACUUUAUUAAGCUAUUUUUUUUUCAUUUAUUUUGAUGCAGGCAGACUGUAAUACCAAUUAAAUUAGGCAACCCAUAAUUUUAACUGCAUCAAUAUGACAUUUCAUAAUAGUCUCGGUUGAAUUUUUUAUGUAGGCUACAACUUGUGUUGUCGGUCUAAUUGGCGACAACAUGUAACCUCGAGGCAUUUCUUUGCAUCCGUCAUGAAGUUAAAAUUCCAUUAGUAUUUGGUUUAAUUGAGACAUUUACUACAAUAUAGUCUGUACUAAAAACCAAGACUGUUGCGCAUGAUCAAUUUCCCCUGACAUUUUCAUUUCGUGAAGUUUAAAGGCAGGUUUAGGAGUGUCUGAAUCAGAUUAGACAAUUAAUAGUACUAGCCUAUCCCAAAUGGUCAACAUCGAACAACAAAUUACAAAAAUGUACCACGAUGGCAGGAAAGAGCAAACCUGUCAUUAUUUGUGGCCUUAGUGUGUUUUAGCCCCACCAGGGAGCAGCAUGUUAGUGGUUAUAAACUUCAAUACAGCCUCAAUUAAAUGUUACUCUUCAUUAAUUCAAGCAUUUCCUCAGGGUUUGAUAGGCAUAAUCCAGAGGGAGCAGCAUGUUUGUGGUUAUAAACUUCAAUACAGCCUCAAUUAAAUGUUACUGUUCAUUAAUUCAAGCAUUUCCUCGGGGUUUGAUUGGCAUAAUCCAGAGAGUUUAUUUAAGCAAAAACCCCUGAGGUGCCUUAUUGCUAUUAUAAACUGGUUUCCAAUUUUAAAAUGACAGCCGUGGUAUAGCACGGGUAUGACAAAACAUUUAUUUUUACUGCUCUAAUUACGUUGGUAAGCAGUUCAUAAUAGCAAUAAGGCACCUCUGGGGUUUGUGAUAUAUGGCCAAUAUACCACGGCUAAGGGCUGUGUCCAGGCACUCCGCGUUGCGUCGUGCAUAAGAACAGCUCUUAGCCAUGGUAUAUUGGCCAUAUACCACACCUCCUCAGGCCUUAUUGCUUAAAUAUACCAUGGCUGUCAGCCAAUCAGCAUUCAGGGCUCGAACCACCCAGUUUAUAAUUGUUCGUAGAUAGCAUAUUUUCAUUUUAUUCAAAUACUCCCAAUAAAAUAAUGUAAAAUAAAAAUGAAUCUGAGAAGUUUCUUUUCCAUCAGAUAAUGUAUUCAGAAUGAUCUGUAGGCUAUACAAAAGUACUCUUCUCUGCUGCUUUGAUGCGCUCAGAAAUAAAAAGACAAGUGUUAUGAGGCAUUAUAUGUAGGCUAGUAACAGGCUUUGAGGAACGUCAUGUCUCAUUAACUGUGUUUGCCAGAAGCUGUCAAAUGAACCAGAUAAAAGUGUCCCUCCAUCUGUUUCCCAUCUUAUUUAUUUAAUGACUCUUGAAACUAAUAGAGCAAUAUCAUAACAUAUUGGUAUAGGCAAAUAGAAUGAAUUUGAUUGUACAUCCAACCGUGUCUCUCUGACAUUGGAGAGAGUAGCGGCCGCACCCAGUUAUUUCAUGCACCAGAAUUAGACUUGUUUGUGCCCCUGUUAAAUAUUGUCUUAUUAAAUACUACUCUAUACGUACAAUUUACCUUUUUAUGGCAAAAAAUAUAUCACUAUGUCACUCCAGACAAUAUAUUGCUUCUUCACGGUUGUGUACCAUGUGUCCCUUGAUAGAGACAAGUCUCCAAUUAAAACUAGAUUUCCAGAAAGGAAAUGGGUUUGUGAGCCUCUGUUCCACUUCUGUGUUUUGAGGUUCCCCUCCCCUUCAUAUCUUUGCAGACAUGCUCAAUAGAAUGUGAGGGCAGCCUGGACACCACGAAGCUCCGCCUCUGCCGAGACGUCCUAUUGGAGGAGCAGCGCAUCGCUGUAGACGACACCAAACAGGAAGAGGUGGAGGGCGAGCAGCACCAGCUGGCCAAGAAGUACGGCGGCUUCAUGAAGCGCUACGGGGGGUUCAUGAUCAGGAGGAGCCCACCCGUAGAGGACGGAGAAAUGCAGGGAGGACAGAACAGCCCGGUGGCCGAGGAAGAGGACAUCCGUCUGGAGAUCCUGAAGAUCCUGAAUUCAGAGGCAGAGGGGCAGAGGGACGGAGAGGUGGCCAAGCGCUAUGGGGGGUUCAUGAGGAGAGGGGGGGACUUGGGGGCCCUGGAGGGGGUGGGCAGGCCAUUGAAGAAGCGUUAUGGUGGCUUCAUGAGGAGGGUAGGGAGGCCCGAGUGGCUGGAAAAUCAGAAGAACAAGGGGGGGCUCCUGAAACGCUCCUGGGAGGGGCCAGGAGGUGACUCCCCCCUGGCUGAGAUACACAAGAAAUAUGGAGGAUUCAUGGACUAG